AGAUGCUACAGAUGAUAUAAGAAAAGAGGCAUUUCAGAUAGAGCGAGAGCUCUUGUCAAUAACAGUGGGCGAUUGUUCAUCUGGCGUACAACUGUGUUCGAUUUGUUUAUUCUGGUCAUUCCCUUGUGCUGUGAAAAGUGAAAAGAAGUAUCAGCAAUUAUACCAGGAACGUUUGCCGUUUAUAUCAAUUUAUAUCUAUUUGAAGUAGUGAAUGUGAAGUAGUGAAUUUGAAGUAGUGACAGUAGAACAAUCGGUACAUUGACAUUUUAUUCAUUGGAAAGUAUUUAUAGGAAAAGAAAAUUCAAAAUGUCUCUUUAUCCUACACUGGAAGAUAUGAAAGUAGAUCACAUGAUGAAGGCUCAAGUGCAAGCGGAAUCACAAUAUGCCAUUCCAAUGCAAACUGAACCUGUAGUUCCUUCGGCUCCGGUUUACGUUCCUUCCACACCCAGUGUAUUAUAUCCAUCUUUGGGAGAUUACAUGGGACUCGAGCUAAAUGAAGAGACCAUUGCACAGAAUAUGCCUGAAUAUGCGCUCGCUAAACGUCAAAAUACAAGUGAUAUGACACUAACUUCACCAACAUAUAAUUCAUUAACAGGGAUUGUCGCUCCUUUGUCAGGACAGUCAGUGGCUUUACAGAAAGCUCAUGUAACAAAUGGUAUUAGAGAGUUGAUAUUAUGUAAAGAUGCUGAUGGAAAAAUUGGUGUUAGAGUACAUGCAAUAAACAAUGGGAUCUUUGUAUGCCUUGUAAGUCAAAAUUCUCCAGCAGCAAUGGCUGGAUUACGUUUCGGUGAUCAAAUUUUAAACAUUAAUGAUGUAUGUGUUGCUGGGUAUUCAAUGGAUCAAGUGCAUAAACUGCUCCGUAAUGCAAAUACCAAUGGAAUUAGAAUGGCUAUACGUGACAGACCAUUGGAACGUACUGUAACGAUGCACAAAGAUAGUAUGGGUUACAUUGGAUUUCAAUUUAAGAAUGGAAAAAUAAUUGCUUUAGUGAAAGAUUCUUCGGCCGCGCGAAAUGGACUCUUAACCGAUCAUCAGAUACUCGAAAUCAAUGGAAAGAAUGUGGUUGGGAUGAAAGAUAAAGAUAUUACAACAGAGAUUGAAAAUGGUGGAAAUAUCAUCACAGUGACAAUAAUUCCAUCCUACAUUUAUGAUCACAUGGUGAAAAAAAUGUCCAGCAGUUUGCUGAAGAAUUUGAUGGAUCAUUCUGCAUUGGAUCUUUAAAUAAGUAAGGAAAUAAAUCGCCAAAUUUAUGUAUGCCAUAUCGCCAAUUAUCGAUCGGCACGUGCAUUAUUCUCUAUAACUCUUUAUUACAAAGAAAAUAAUAUGAAUAUUCUACAGAUAUAUUAUAAACACAAGAUGCCAAUCAUAUUAUUGCAAGCAUGACAUAUGUGAUAUCUAUCUAGAGUGUAGAGCCUAGAGUUCCAUGUCAAUUUCGACGUUAAUUGGCUAAAAAUCAUGAAAAGAUAUAUAUCAAAGAUAUUUAUCAAAGAUUAUUUUUUAUACAAAAGCACACCAAACUUUACUAGAAUACAUGGACUUAUUGUUCAAUAUACAAGAAAAUUCUUCAUUGCAUUUAUCCAAACAGUAAAUGCUUUGCAUAAGAUAAUUGUAUUCUAAUUUACUUUUUAUUUAUACAAAAGGAUAAAAAUUUAUUGCAAUAU